AGCCGGCACCGGCUGCAACCAGGACGCAGAGUUUCGGUAACUCCAGCUCUGUACAAUCCUAGAGCAAACGGGGCUCCACCAUAUUCUCACCAGACGCUGCAAUGGACCAUUCGCAGCUUGGCCCCAAGAUGCUGGUAUAGCAGCAGACAGCUGCAAUCCAGAGGGCCUGCUGUAGGACAUCAUUUCUAGCUGGGGUGUCCUUCAUCUCCCCUCUCUCAGCUGAAGCGAUGGAUGCCCACGUGGAUCUCCUGACAGAGCUUCAGCUGCUGGAUAAGGUGCCCACCUUGGAGAGGCUGCGGGCAGCACAGAAACGGAGGGCUCAGCAGCUGAAGAAGUGGGCACAGUACGAGAAAGAGAUGCAGCACAAGAAGCGGAAGCAUGAGAAGAAGAGAAGUGCUAUUAACAGAAAGACAGUAUCUUUUGAAGCCAGUGUUGCCCUGCUGGAGGCCUCUCUGAGGAAUGACUUAGAGGAAGUGUGUUAUCUACUGAAGAGCAAUAUCAGCCCGGACCUGUGCAAUGAGGAUGGAUUAACUGCACUGCAUCAGUGCUGCAUAGACAACUAUGAAGAGAUAGUCAAGCUUCUCCUCAACCAUGGGGCCAAUGUCAACGCCAAGGACAAUGAGCUGUGGACUCCGUUGCAUGCAGCAGCUACUUGUGGUCAUAUCAACCUGGUGAAGAUCCUCAUCCAACAUGGAGCAGACUUACUGGCUGUAAAUGCAGAUGGCAACAUGCCAUAUGACCUCUGUGAAGAUGAGCCAACCCUGGAUGUCAUUGAGACCUGUAUGGCAUAUCAAGGAAUUACACAGGAAAAAAUCAAUGAGAUGCGGGCCGCACCGGAGCAGGUCAUGAUCUGUGACAUCCAUGACAUACUUGCGACUGGAGAGGACCUGAACAGGACUGAUGCCCAAGGUGCUACGCUGCUCCAUAUAGCUGCAGCCAAUGGUUAUCUGCAUGCAGCUGAAGUCCUUCUUGACCAGGGAGCAAGCCUGGAUGUUAAGGACUGGGAUGGCUGGGAACCUCUCCAUGCUGCUGCUUUUUGGGGCCAGAUGCAGAUGGCUGAGUUGCUUGUAUCCCAUGGGGCCAGUUUGAGUGCCAGGACAUCUUUGGAUGAGAUGCCAAUAGAUCUGUGUGAAGAGGAGGAGUUCAAGGUAUUACUUCUGGAGCUGAAACACAAACAUGAUGUGAUCAUGAAAUCUCAGCUGAGGCAUAAAUCUUCCCUGAGCCGAAGGACCUCCAGCACUGGCAGCCGGGGGAAGGUGGUGAGGAGGGCUAGCCUUUCGGACCGAACAAACCUGUACAGGAAGGAGUGCGAGAAAGAGGCCAUCGUCUGGCAGCAAAUGGGGGCAGCAGAAGAACAAAGAAACUCAGGCCUCAUUGGAGAAAUCGGGGAGACUCGGUCUGACCAAGAGAAUACAGACCCCAAUUCAGUACUGGAGAACUCUUCCCUCCUUCCUGAGUUAGCAAACAAAAGCACCCAGUGCGACUCUGAAAUCCCCCUCCAGAAUGGACUCAGGGCAUCUGCCAGCACUUACCAGUACACCUUUUCCAACGGGGACGUUUGGAAUAUGCACGCUGACCCCGACAGUAAUCCAGGCCACAUGCUGCCCUAUGUCAGCCCGGGGCUCCCUGACACGCAGCAGCUCUGGGGUGCCUACAAGGAGCAUAGCCAUCAAACGCUCUCCGAACUUAAGCGGCAGCGGGCUGCAGCCAAACUCCUCAAUCACCCUUUCCUCAGCACCCACUUUGGCAGCGGCGUGGGAGGUGUAGCCGAGAAUGGGAGUGAGGCCAAGUCACACCUGAUCGGAUCCAGGACUUCUCCCUACAGCACCAAUGGGACUUCAGUGUAUUACACAGUGUCCAGUGGUGAUCCGCCCCUCUUGAAAUUCAAAGCUCCCAUGGAGGAAAUGGAAGAGAAGGUGCACGGGUGCUGCAGAAUUUCCUAGUCUCACCUGUUACUCAACCCAGAGGAAACCCGAUGUGGGUGGGCUGGUUGGAUCUAUCGUAGAGGUCCGGUUGUUUGCAUUCCAAGGGGAGGAUUGGGUUAUGGACAUCCUGACUGCGGCAGCCUUGUUCAUGUUGAAUUGUACUUUACCCUGCCAAUUACUUCCAUUGCCGUGGAAUGAGUAAUGCAGGAGGAGCAAGUCUCAUAGGAGAGGAAUGGAUGCACAUCAGUAUAAUGUAAAAAGAACCACCCUAGGCUUGCUCACUGGGGAAGAAGGUACGCUGCACUGCCUCCUCAUCCUUGGAAAGUUAUGAGAUGGCUUGGAAAGAAGAAAUUGCCUGAUUUAAAAUCUUUGCAUUUGAGCCUCUUGCUGUAAGCCAACAAGCUUCUGGAAGGUGACAGUUCAGACCUGAAUUUUCACUCUCGGGUGCAAUGCAGAUAUCCCUGGAAGGGAGGUCAGCCCCCACGCAGGCUUUGCAAGAGUGGACAGAACCGUUGUCUGUGCAGCUGGAUCCAACACUUAACCAGGAGCUGAGCAACAAGCAAGUGUAGAUACUACACUUGCUGUAGGAAGUUGCAAGGUGUUGUCUCCUUGCAGUGACAGCUCACCUUCAAAAACGGUGCACUGGUUGAGUCCUGUUCUGCUUAUGUAAACCAGUCACUGCAGACUGUCAUCAGGUUUUAAGCAGAACCCUUCAUGUAAGAGGCUUCACUGAACAGGCUUUAAAACUGAUGUUGCAAUAAGGGGCCCCGGCAAUAGAAUUUUACUGCAAUAAAAUACUGACAAAGGUC